AAUGGCAGCUUUUUCAGCAGCCGAAGUUAUUGAAGGAUCACAACAUUUAAUCCAGACAGGGUCAAGCUGUGGAUAAAGACGCUUCAGGGAAAAGAGAAGUGAUUUCCUAACUCUCACAGUUGGCCAGAGAUAUGAUGGGUAAAGACAGUGAUAUGCGUCCAGGAGAUGGAGAUCCUUCACCUCUAAUUGUUGGGGCGCUGCUGGGGCUCAAGGAUGCUGUCGUCACAUGGAUAUCACGUGCCCGUCAGAUAGUUAUUCGGGGCUUUGCUUUGUUCUCCAUUGUCUUUCUGCUCCUAUGGAUUGCAGCCUUUUUAUACGGCAGCUUCUACUACUCUUACAUGCCCAAGGCGGUCUUUUCCACACCUGUACACUAUCACUACAGGACAGACUGUGAAUCCCCUGCCUCUUUUUUAUGUUCUUAUCCAGUGGCCAACAUUUCUCUGAUGAGGAAUAGCAAACAUGUGCUGACAUUUGGCCAGGCCUAUCAGAUGUCUCUGCAGCUGGACAUGCCCGACUCUCCUACCAAUCAGGAGUUGGGGAUGUUCAUGAUAAAGACAACCUGUUUCUCUCGGGAAGGAGGGCAGGUUGCCUCCUCUGCUCGCUCUGCAAGACAACUGCUGUUCGCCUCCAGCUCUCGCUUUAGCAUGCUGCGGUACCGUUCAGAGCUGCUGAGGUCUCUGGGCACGCUGCUGUUCUUCCCGGCCUUUCUAACCGGAGUCUCUGAGCAGAAACAAAUGCUGGAGGUGGAGCUCUUCUCAGACUACACCGACGACCCAUAUCUCCCAUCGGCCUCUGCCAUCAUUGAGAUCCUCUCCAGCAAAGUGCAGAUCUACUCAUCCCAACUCUACGUACAUGCUCACUUCACUGGUAUAAGAUAUUUGUUGUUCAACUUCCCCCUCCUCUCAGCCGUGGUGGGCAUAUCAAGUAACUUUUUCUUCCUCAGUCUCCUCUUCGUCCUCAGCUAUGUGAAGCUGCUGUUCAAAGAGGAUUGGGCACCAGUGCAGCUCAGAACAGAUGGUGGUCAGAACAACCACCAAGAGGAUGAGAGUGAUGCUGCUGAAGGUACAGCAGAGAUGGUGGGUCCCUUUCUGAUGACCCCACAGAACUGAAGCCGGAGAGACCCCAUCUGCACUGUGGCGACAACCUAGAGCUGUAGAACAGACAGGUUCAACCACACACUUAAUUACAUGAGACCUUUAAUAAAGAAUAAGUAGAAAGAUGCAAGGAUGAAUACUUGAGAGACAAGGCUGAAAGUUACUCAGAAAGCACCCACAGACUUCUGAACCUCUCUGUGUUUGUCUCACACUGUUUCAACAGUUUCACUUCAUACACAUCCUCAAUGUGACUUUUUUAAUACUUUACACUUUUGAUUAGAUCAAUACAAAACUAUGCAACAAUUCAACAAUAUUCACUAAAAAGACAUUAGAAAGUAAAUAGGUAUACCAAUACAUACAAAAACAUGCAUUAUUGAAAUAAUCUGAUUAAAGGCCUUAAUUGUUAUUUAUUGUCUUAUUUCAAGAAACACUAUUUUCCAUCAGCUGCAGCUGUGUGAAAUGCAAUGUUGUAGAACUGUUUUAUUUGGAAUGUAAAGACUGUCAUUCUGGCAAAAAUAUCACUCUGUGCUUAGAACCUGCUCACUCCAUAAUCUCUUUACUAACUGUCCACCUCACAAAUAUUGUGAUGUUUUGUUAUUUUGAAAAAGUUUGUGUGCUUAUCUCAAUGCAAGUAUGAUGAGAAUCCACAUUUUCACAAUAGAAAUAUUAGAAUUAUAAAAGUAAUUAAUGAUGUUAAAUGUUUCAAAACUUCUGGCUGGACAUCAAACCCUGUUUUUGCUUCUUUCCACUACAAGAAAUAUAUAAAUACUGAUUUAGUUUUUAGUAAUGGCUGCAUAUUCUUUCUUAGGUACGUUCAGGUAAACUGUUGCAAUAAAACCUUAAAUAAAUGUU